AUGCCGAGAGAUGCGGAGGAUGCUAGUGAUGUGGUCACAGAUUUAUCAAUGGCUACUCCAAUAGGGACCAUAGUAACGUGUAGGAGGGAACUAAAAAAUUUUCUAAUCAAUAUUCAGGGGAAGACGCUGCCUGCUAAUCUGGUGAUUCUCGACAUUGACAAAUUUGAGGUGAUUAUGGGAAUGGACUGGCUAGCUUCUGGUUAUACCAUUAUUGACUGCUACAAGAAAGAGGUGGUGUUCAAACCUCCGGUGGAGCAGGAAUAUAGAUUUGUGGGGUCGCAUGUAAAGGAAGCACUGGAGGGGGAAGUUAAGCUUGAGAAUAUUUCGAUAGUAAAGGAAUUUCUUGACAUAUUUCCGGAGAAUUUGUCGAGGUUACCUCCUAAGUGUGAGGUGGAGUUUGCUAUCAACCUAUCUUUGGGAACGGUGUCAAUUUCUAAGGCUUCAUACAGAAUGAUUCCAGUAGAGUUGAAAGAAUUAAAGGAGUAA